CCCCAGACUUUCUCUCUGCCUGCUCUGAGCUCAACAGUGCCAUGGGGAACUGUCUGUACCCGGUGAAUCCCUCCGUCUUAAUGGAUGAGAACACAAGUCAGAUAGUCUUUGAAGGAUACAACUGGAGCGAAUUCUAUGAUGAGAAUGAGUCCCUUUCCUAUGACGACAACCUGGAAGCAGCCGCCCCCUGCCACUCCUGUAACCUGCUGGAUGACUCCUCACUGCCCUUCUUCAUCGUCGCCAGUGUCCUGGGCAUCCUCGCAAAUGGAGCUGUCCUCUUUGCGCUUAUCAGACCUCUCUUCCACUGGCAGUUGUGCCCUGGCCGGCCUUUCCUGGUACAGUUGGCUUUGGCUGUGAGCAGUGCCCUCUUCAGCAUCGUGGUGCCCAUCUUGGCACCAGGGAUAAAUAGUGCCCACAGCACCACCCUGUGCCAGCUGGGCUAUGGGGUCUGGUAUGGCUUGGCCUUUGCCCAGGCUCUGCUGAUAGGAUGUCGGGCCUGCCUGGGCCCCAAACUGGGUGCACACCGGGUCUCAGGCAUUACCCUAGGGCUCACUGUGGGACUUUGGCUAGUGGCUGCCCUACUGGUGCUGCCCAUCACCCUGCCUAGUGACACUUCCCACAGAUUCUGCUCCAGUAGAGGCCUGGGGACUUGGCAGUCUAUACACAUUGCAGCCUGUUUUGCCAUCUUCAUUGUGUUGCCUCUGGGUUUGUUCGGAGCCAUGGGACUGAAGAAGGCACUGGGCAGGGGGCCAGGCCCCGGGGUUGAUAUCCUGUGGGUCUGGUUCAUGUUCUGGUGGCCACAUGCAGUGUUUCUGGGAUUGGACUUCCUAGUGAGGUCCAGGGUCUUCGUAUUGCCAACAUGUCUGGCCCAGAAGGUUCUAGACCUGCUGCUGAACCUGGCAGAAGCCUUGGCAAUAUUGCACUGUGUGGCUACGCCCCUGCUCCUGGCCCUGUUCUGCCACAAGGCCACCCGUACCUCCUUGCCCUCCGAACCCCUCCCUGCAAGAUGUUCUUCUCAUCUGGACACCCUUGGAGGCAAAUCCUAGCUCUCUUCCCACCUGUCAACCUGAAUUAAAGUCUACACUGUUUUUAUGAA